AUGGUCGCCCCUCGCAAUAUGAUCUCUGUAGGGCGUUCAGGUGAGCACGUCUUGCGAACCUCGUGCGCGCGGAUGACCUUAUAGACCUUGACUAACUCCAAUCCUCGCAUUACAGCUCUCCGUGCGCCCCUUGCCCCAGCAGCACGAGGCCUGCGCACUGCAGUUCCAGCGCCAGUGGCGACAGUUUCCAGCCGAUCUCAAGAGAAGUCUCCUGCCAAGUCUUCUCCUCAGCUGCCCAGCCUCGGUCGUUCAUUCGCCACAUCGAGCUGCGCCAAGGUGUACCAACCCGAUCCUCAAGCCAUGACGACUGUGGGCAACCAAGGCUCGAACCAGCUCUCGAUCGAAACGCCUCGCAACAAUGUCGAGUACGUCACCACUACUCUGGACAAGAUGGUCAAUUGGGCUAGACAGGGCUCCAUGUGGCCCAUGACAUUUGGUCUGGCUUGCUGCGCUGUGGAGAUGAUGCACGUCGCCACUGCUCGUUACGAUCAGGAUCGUCUCGGUGUAGUGUUCCGCGCCAGUCCUCGUCAGUCCGACGUCAUGAUCGUUGCCGGCACUCUCACCAACAAGAUGUGAGUACAGGACGCGGUUAGCAAUGGUAAACAUGUGCACGUGAGAAUUGUACACGUCAUGUUACCGGCGCUCUGAUUAGCGCAUGCAACUCGCAUACCAUCUCUCGCAAGUCUCUUGCUGAUCUUUCAAAACCUGACAUUGUCACCCUAGGGCGCCCGCUUUGCGCAAAGUGUACGAUCAGUGAGUUUGGGCAGGCGAGCUGGCGCAGUGCGAUAUCAGCCGCUGAUAUGCGAGCUUUUUCCCCAAUGAUCCUUUCAGGAUGCCCGAGCCUCGAUGGGUCAUCAGCAUGGGAAGCUGCGCAAACGGAGGUGGCUACUACCACUACUCCUACAGUGUGGUUAGAGGCUGCGAUCGCAUUGUUCCCGUGGAUCUCUACGUGGUGCGUGAUAGGUCGCGAAGCUGUUGGGAUUGAUCAGAUUCGAGCGCUGACUGUGCCCUGCUCCUUUCACUCGCUCAGCCUGGCUGCCCUCCUACCGCCGAGGCGUUGUUGCACUCUUUCCUGGUGCUCAUGAGAAAGAUGAGAAGGGGACGCAAGGUUACGCGAUGGUACCGUUCCCUCUAA